AUGUUCCAAUUGCUCUUGCUAAGUGCCCUGGUAGCACAAGGAAUUUCGGCGUUACCUGGUCAUCUAAGACCAUCGCCAUCACUCAACGCAAGGAUAAAAAGGGAUGAGUAUAUCAGCAGCGAGGGCUACCAGAUCUCCGGCGAAGUCGAGAAUGGCACCAGCAAAGCUCGCUUCGACAUCCCCACACCGGAAUUGACUCUCGACAGCAAGACGCUGUUCAGCCUGGAUGCACCGCAGAUCGAUACAAUCAACGGGUCUGUAUUCGACUGGUGGUAUUUCGAUGCCGUCUCAGAAACAAACCCAGACGACUCGUUCGUUAUUACUUUCUUCGCAUCGUCGUGGGAGGCAUUUCCUUUCCUGAACGAGAGCGAACCCUCUGUGCUGACGGCUUGGGUGUGGGCUUCGUUCGCUAACGGGACCGUCUUUGCGGAUUUUGUGCCCGCCACUGUGGCUACCGUGAGAGGUGCCGAUGUCGCGGGGACGAACAGCUCUGGGGAGUGGGCUUCCACCGGGGUCAGCUGGGAGGCAAAAUCAGAGGAUCUGUCGCGGUAUGAGAUUACCAUUGCUUCUGAGAAAAUGGGGGUAGAAGGGCGGUUUACACUGUCUUCGCAUGUACCGCAUCAUCUCCCCUGUGGGAUCCAAGAGGAGCGGACGACGCUGGAGGUUGCGCCUCAUAUUGGCUGGGUUAGUCUGGUGCCUGAUGCCGUGGGCGAGGUGGACGUCAGUAUACUUGGGUCGAAGCUGAAGUUCCGGGGACCUGGGUAUCACGACAAGAAUUGGUCCGAUCGACCGUUCAUGGAUUCUGUCGCGAGCUGGUAUUGGGGCCACGGCCGUCUGGGUCCAUACUCGAUUGUAUGGUUCAGUUAUUUUUCUCUUGAAGAUCCGACGAACACCACCUAUGUGAGCAGCUAUGUGGCCAAAGAUGGGGAGUUGCUCGUAUCGGCUUGUAAUUCGUCUUUUCUCUCUGUGAGACCGAUUGGUAGUCCAGGAACCACUGGUGGUCGGUAUCCACCGCGAGUGGGUGAUGUACCGGAUGGGUUCAGAUUGGAGUAUGACCUGGGAGAGGGGAAUGGCCAAUUGAACGUCAAUGUCACGAUCAGAAGGUUGGUUACAGGGGAUGAGGAAUAUUAUAUGCGUUGGACUGGUGAUUUGACUGGGGAGGUUGUCAAAUCUGGGGAUGAACGACCACCAGGUACAUGCGCUGGUCAGAAAACAGCAAAGAUCACUUCAGGUCUCAUUGGUGUGGCGGUUUUGGAGCAAUUUCUUUUGGUGGAAUAG